AAACGACAUGGUGUGUUGUGCACAGCCUGUAAUAAGGUCAUGCUGAAGGGACAUACAGCAUUUCAGAGUAGUGGCUCUUCUAAACUCUACUGCUCACCUCAAUGUCUCUGUGGCUCCAAGAAGAAAACAUGUCACUGCUGCCUGAAAGAGAUUUGUGAUGAGAAUAUCAAAAUUGCCCUGGUAGACAUGUCAGGGACUGUGAAGGAGUUCUGCAGUCAGAAAUGCCACAGUGCUUUAAACUUCAAGUGCAGUGUGUGUCAGAAGACAGGAGUGACUCAUAGUCAUGAGGUGAAUUACAUGGGCUCUAUCCAUAAGCUGUGCAGUGACCGCUGCUUCAACCAGUUCCGCUCCUCUAACAAGCUGAACAUGAACAGCUGUGUGAACUGUGGAGGAUAUUGUUAUGGCACAGACAGUCAGUGUCCUUCUCUGCAGAUGGAGGACAGAGUUAUGAAGUUCUGCAGUCAAAACUGCCUCACAGCCUACAAAAAGAGGAGUCUGAAACUUGUCACCUGCAAAAUGUGUCAUGCCCUGCGCCCAGCUGCAGAUGCGGUGGAAAGUCCAAACUCAGAGGGCAUCAGGGAGCUUUUCUGCUCCACUGCCUGUGUCGUGGCGAGUAAAGUCCAGACUGGCAGUUCGUCAGGUACCGUGAUCACAUUUGCAACACAACCCAGUGUAUUUAAUUGUAGUGAAGCACAGAUACAAGGUUUAAGGUCAUUGCACACAAA